AUGGAGUGGGUACGAGGCGCUGUGCGGAAUGAAGCAGGGAGAGGUUUUGACACGUUGACCUCUGGUGAGCUGGUACUACCGGCAAAAUUUGAUUUGGGCGAGUUAAACAGCCAGUUAGAGGCAGUCCGUGAACUACCGUAUCAACAAGGAGAUAUUCUCAUCUGCAAUUAUGGGAAAACAGGUACAUAUAUGAUCAUUUUUAUUAACGGCCUUGCAAAGCUUCGAAGGUUAAGCGAUUUCUUGAGUGUGCACAACACCGAUGAGAGGUUACGGCAGAUACUUGACCGAUGCUCCUUCGACCGACUUAAGAAAGAUACAGAGAGCGGGAAAGUUGUUACUAAGCUUGUGGACAAAGAAGGAAGGCCUUUUCUGUACAGGAAAGGAAUCGUGGGAGACUGGAAAAACUACUUCACAGUCGCGCAAAGUGAGAGAUUUGAUACACUGGAAGAGACAUAUAAAGAAGAUAUAUUCUAAUAUAUGAAGAUGAAUAUACAGAUGACACAUGCUAAUGUUUGAAGGGAUAAAAUUAGUUUUUUUCUAAUAUGUGAAGAUGCGUGUAAAGAAGACUUAUUGCAAUAUUUGAAGAGAUAUAUGAAGAAGACAUUUCUAAUAUAAAGAAGACACAUUCUAAUGUUUGAAAAGAGAUAUAAAGAAGACACAUUCUAAUGAUUGAAAAGAUAUAUAAAUAAAACACAAUCUAAUGUUUGAAAAGAUAUAUAAAGAAGACAUAUUCUAGUGUUUGAAAAGAGAUAUAAAGACGACGCAUUCUAAUGUUGAAAUGAGAAAUAAAGAAGACCCAUUCUAAUGUUUGAAAAGAGAUAUAAAGAAGGCCCAUUCUGUUUGAAAAUAGAUAUAAAGAAGACACAUUCUAAUGUUUGAAGAAAAUAUAUAAAGAAGACCCAUUCUUACGUUUAAAAAGAGAUAUAAAAGAGGCGCAUUCUAAUGUUUGAAAAGAGAUAUAAAGAAGACGCAUUGUAGCGUUUGAAAAGAGAUGUCAAGAAGACACAUUCUAAUGUUUGAAAAAAGAUAUAAAGAAGACGCAUUCUAAUGUUUGAAAAGAGAUAUAAAGAAGACACAUUCCAAUGUUUGAAAAAAGAUAUAAAGAAGACGCAUUCUAGUGUUGAAUAUGAAUAUAAAGAAGACAUAUUCUUACAUUCUAAGACGGAUAUAAAGAAACCAUAUUCUUAUAUGUGCUGGACGUGCCUUUUGGAAAACUU